CAAGUUUGUGGGAUAAACUCAAGAGGGCGCCCUACCUCAAAACACGGAUAUUCAACACAUGGGCCUCUCAUCCGGCUUCAGCUCAGCAAGGAAGAUGGAAUUGCACUUGCUCAAGUCACCCGCACCGCGUUGAACCAUGAUUGACAGCUGACAUCAGCAUGGAUCCCCUGUUCAACGAAGUCUACCAUACCCUGAUCAUUGAACCAUUCUACGGUGGCUCCCACCAGCAGCUGAUUGAUCUGCUGAUAGACAAAGCAACCUCCUGCGUCAAGUACACGCUGCCGGCCACCAAAUGGCACUGGAAGGCCAGGACGUCCGCACUCCACUUUGCUCAGGUCAUUCCCAGGAGCGAGCACUACAGGGUCCUGUUUGCCAGUAGCGUCUUGAAUCUGGCCGAGUUGGUCGCCAUGCGUAAAGACCUGGCCGGCCUGCAUAAAGUCUUGUACUUCCAUGAGAAUCAACUGGUCUACCCAAUCAGGAAGCAACAGGAUCGGGACUUCCAGUAUGGCUACAAUCAGAUCAUCUCAUGCCUCAUUGCAGAUACCAUCCUCUUCAACUCUGUCUACAACAUGGAGUCCUUCCUGUCUGGCGUUGACUCCUUCCUGGGCAUGAUUCCCGUGCCGGGCUACAAGUCCAAGGGCAUGCACAAGCCCAUCGGGCCCAAGUGCCGAGUCCUGUACUUCCCCUUGCAGCUACCCAAGUUGGAAAGCGUUUCUCCGGGGGAGCCCGGGGGCUGCCGGCCAUUCGUGCCUAAGCAGCCCGUCAUCAGGCGCGCAAAAAGUGAAGUCUUGGCGGGUGGCACAGGCGAAGACAGACCAAGAACUGCCGGGCUCCCGGAUAAAUCCAACUCCGAGUCCUCAUCCGUGGAUUAUGAUUCCGACAGUCAUGACCAGGCUUCGGGGGAUGCUUCGUCGCGACCAAAAUUUGGGAACUUCCGUUGCGCGAGGCGAGUCUCGAAAGAGAACGUGGGGACGAGGCAGAAGCAGAAACUCGUGGAAAGCAGGAGUCUUGAUGGCACAGAGGAUUCUGCCUUUCAGUCACGUGAGAGGGCUCAGUCACAUGACUCGGCCCAGUCACAUGACUCGGCCCACUCACUUGACUCGGCUCAGCUACAUGACUCGGCCCAGUCACAAGAUGGGGGUCCCAUGGCUGCAGGAGACAAGAGAGCCAUAUGGCGAACCAGCUCGGAGAAACCACUCCAUAUACUCUGGGCUCACAGAUGGGAACAUGACAAAAAUCCGGAACUGUUCUUCGACACCUUGAUGAAGCUCGAUGAGAUGGGCCUGGAAUUCCAAGUCUCUGUUUUAGGGGAACAGUUCACCGAAGUACCAGACAUUUUCGCUGAAGCCAAAGCCAAGUUAGAGGACCGGAUUGUCUACUGGGGCUACCAGUCCAGCAAGGAAGACUACUACCGUGUGCUGUUCGCUGCUGAUGUGGCUGUGUCUACGGCUGACCAUGAGUUCUUUGGUGUGGCAAUGUUGGAAGCUGUGUAUUUGAGGUGUUACCCGCUCUGCCCAAAUUGCCUGGUUUACCCUGAAAUAUUUCCCAAAGAGUAUUUGUACAACACCGCCCAGCAGUUGUUUAAGAGACUGAGAGAGUUUUGCAGACACCCGCAUCUCGUCAGGAAACACAAUCUCCAGGUUGACGUGGGACAGUACAGCUGGGAAGUCUUAAAGGAUGAUUAUCUGGACAUCUUGUCAUCUAUCUCACCUCGCAUAAGGAUGAAGAUGUUCCCUCGGUCGUCAUUUGAAUAUGUUGACAGAUCGGCUACCCAACAAGAUAGUGCAGUCAGCCAGGCAGCCAAUCAUAACACAGUCACAACCAGUAUUGAGAGCAAGACUCUCGCCCAACAUGACAAAGCCGUUGACAAGUCAGCUGUACAACAGAGCAAGGAGGUAGCUCAGUUAGCCACUCAGCAGAACAAGACGGUAUCCCAGUUGACUGACCAACAGGCAGUGGCGGGAAACCAGUCAACUAGCCAACAUUCCAAUGCGGAGUUGGCCACCCAACAGUCAAAGGCCAUUUCCCAGUCAACCAUCCAACAGUCGACAACCAUAUCCAAGUCAACUACUCAAACUUCUGAGGCCGUAACGUGGUCUGCCUCCCAACAGUCUAAGGCCAUUACCCGAAAGUACAAGCAUUUACUGAGUCACCCACCCAGUAGCACAAAGCACUAAUCCAGUGAGACAUCCAAUUGUCAAAGGCCAUAUCCCAGUCACCACCCAACAAUCAAAGGCCUUAUCCCAGUUGCCACCCAUCAAUCAAAGGCCAUAUCCCAGCCGGCCUACCAACUGUUAAAGGCAAUACCCCAGUCUGCCAUCCAAUAGUCACACGCCAUAUCCCAGUCCACCAACCAACAGUCAUAGGCCAUAUCCCAAUAAGCCAGCCAGUAGUCAAAGGCCAUGUACCAGUCAACCACCCAACAGAAGAUGCCAUAUCAUAUUAAAGGUCAUAUCCCAGUCAGUCACCUAUCAGUCAAAGGCCAUAUCCCACCAGUAACCCAAGAGUCAAAGGCCAUAUACCAGUCAUUCGCCCAAUGUUCAAAGACCAUAUUCCAGUCAACCUUCCUGAGUUCAAAGGCCAUAUCACAGUAAGCCGUCCAACAGUCACGUGCCACAUCCCAGUCAACCACCAAAUAGUCAAAGGCCAUCUCCCAGUAAGGCACGCAACAGUCAAAGGCCAUAUUCCAGUCAGCAACCCAACAGUCAUAGGCCAUAUCCCUGUCAGCCACCCAACAGUCAAUGGCCAUAUCCCACCCAGCAACUUAUUACAGUCAAAGGUCAUUUCCUUGUCACUCGCCCAACACGCCACAAUGGCCAUUUCCCAUUCAACCACCCAACAGUCCAAGGCCAUAUUCCAGUCAGCCACUCAACAGACUAAGGCCACAUCCCAGUCAAGCACCCAACAGUCAAAGGCCAUAUCCCAGUAAGGCACGCAACAGUCAAAGGCCAUAUUCCAGUCAGCAACCCAACAGUCAUAG